AACCGCCAGAGUGCGUCACAGUGCGGGCCACAGAGCGUGCUGCUGCAGAAAUGUUUAUGUUGUGUUUGCAGUCCCCGCAACGUCUUUUAACGUUCACAUAGCUGCGUUUAACCGAAAAACAGCACUAUAUCAGAUGUUGCUGCUGCCUGCUGUGUUAUAAAUUUCAAACUCUGAUGUGACAGCUGUCAAAGAGGCAGAAUGGCAGGAGAAGUCGUGGCUUAAUCUUCCAGGUUCAAUGUGUAAAUAAUGUCGUACAGCAACAGAGAGCUGGUGGAGUUCUACAUAAACUACAAGCUGUCUCAAAGGGACUAUCAUAACUGUUUUCUGAGACCAGAGGAUGCUGAUGGAAGGACUGAGGGUGACAAGGCCAGCUCAUCUGCGUUAAAUGGGUGGCCUGUCAACAGCACCGUCAGCGGUCAGCCUUGGAAGUCUUGGCCUUCUCGUGGAGGCAUCGAGGCUGUAAAAUCAGCUCUUAAGGACUCAGCAGAUGAGUUUGAACUUCUGUUCAAGCAAGGUUUUAGUGAUCUUUCCUUGCAGCUCGACAUCACUCCUCACACAGCCUAUCACAGCUUUAAAAGCGUGUUGGAUGAGGUGUUCAAGGAUGGGGUCAACUGGGGCCGCAUAGUGGGCCUGUUUGCCUUUGGUGGUGUACUGUGUGUGGAGUGUGCUGAGAGGAAUAUGAGCGAGCUGGUGUCCCGCAUUGCAGACUGGAUGACCAUUUACCUAGAUGAGCAAAUCAGCCCGUGGAUCCACAGCCAAGGAGGAUGGGACUGCUUUGCUGAGAUUUAUGGGCGAGACGCUGCUGCAGAUGCGAGGAGAUUCCAGGAAACUCUGAAGAAAUGGCUGCUAGUUGGAGUGGCGUUGAUAACCGGAGUGCUGCUCGGCGUGUUUAUUGCUAAGAAACGGUGAAGGUGCCGCAUGCCGCUCAUCAUGGCGCCCUGUGUGUAGUGCUACGCCAACACAUGUAUAACUCAAUAGUUAAUGUUUACAUUUAAAAGAUGCCCAGUCUGCUUGUGCACUGACAGAUUGUGGUUAGGCUACAGUAAAGCAAAUUGUGGGAGUGUUCAUAAUAUGUAGCUUGGUGAGCUGGUAUUCUUCUCGCCCUGUUUGUCUGGUGUGUUUUUAUAAUUUUUUUUAACACAUAGCAGAGUAUUUCAGUUGUAAAAGAGUCUUACUUUUCAAACUUGAAGUGCUUUAAAUAAACCCAAUAAGCUAAAAGACAGUGAAACUUAUUAAGGCGGUUUGGUGAGCCUUGUUGUUAUUUUUUUAUUCCCUCUGUGCAUUAAACAAGGACCAACUUUAAUGUCUCACAAACUGACAGCUGACAGAGAAUCUAAGUUAUAUUUUCCUUUCACUGUGUAAUACUCACCAACUUUUGUUGCCUGUACUGGAGUUUAAGGCAUGCUUCAAAAAUAAAUAUAUUUAUGUUUUU